UUCCUAUCGAGCGUCCAUGCCCAAGCACGCGACGCCCGUGAAGCAUGAGUUCGGCUUCACGAUCAACGGCUGCACCUUCCACGUCGAGCCCAAGUACGAGCCGCUCGACGCCAUCGGCCAGGGCUCGUACGGCGUCGUCUGCUCCGUCCUCAACACGACGACGCAAGAGAAGCUCGCGAUCAAGAAGAUCACGCCCAUGGCCGGCGACGAGUGGGAUGCCACGCAUACGCUGCGCGAGAUCCGCCUCAUGCGCUGCCUUGGCGAGCACGAAAACAUCAUCUCACUCAAGGACUUGACCAUGUCGGUCGAGAAGGACGAGCUGUACAUGAUGAUGGAGCUCGCCGACACGGACCUCCACCGCCUCAUCCAGAGCUCGUGCCCGCUCACGGACGGCCACAUCCGCGUCAUCAUGUACCAGCUGCUCUCGGGCGUCAAGGCCAUGCACGACAAUGGCGUCCUCCAUCGCGACCUCAAACCAGGCAACCUCCUCGUCAACAAGGACUGCGAGCUCAAGAUCACAGACUUUGGCCUGGCCCGUAUGGUGCCCAAAGACCUUCAGAACCACGACCCUGACUCGACAGACCCCGUGUCUUCGCCUAUGACCGAGUACGUUGUCACGCGGUGGUACCGGCCGCCCGAGCUCAUGCUGGCACCGAACGGCGUCUACGAUGGCGCUGUCGACAUGUGGUCGGUUGGCUGCAUCCUCGGCGAGCUCGUAACACGCAAGCCGCUCUUCCCGGGCUCCGAUUUCAUGGACCAGCUCACGCGGGUCUUCAAGGUCAUUGACAUUCCACCCAAGCACAAGCGAGGCUACACGGUCGAGAAGGACGCACUCAAAUUCCUCGCCUCGCUGCCCGCAACGCCACCGAACGCGCUCGAGAAGAUCUGCAAAGGCAAGCACCCCGACACGAAGGACCUCCUCGAGAAGCUCCUCUGCUUCAACCCCAAAGAGCGCAUCUCGGUCGACGAAGCGCUCGCCCACCCUUUCUUCAAGGGCGUCGACGUCGAGUGGGGCGCCAUCCCACCACUGCAGCUCUCGCACUCGCUCGAAUUCGCCUUCGAGGACCAAUCCCUCCCGCUGGAGACGCUGCGGCAGUACAUCAAAGACGAAGUCCUCGCCUUCCAGGCCAAGGCGGCCAAGCCAACGCCGAGCAGUCACGAGACACCGGAAGAAGCUGUGAAAGUGACGUCGGACGACGGCGACUAUGCACCGGGCCUCGGCUUCACGUUAAAAGGCUGCGAGUUUAACGUGCCGCCGAAGUACGAAGCUAUCCACGUGCUUGGUGAAGGCUCGUACGGCGUCGUCUGCUCGGCCAAUGACACAGAGCUUCUCCAGCAAGUCGCGAUCAAGAAGAUCACGCCCAUGGCAGGGGACGAGUGGGACGCCAAGCACACGCUGCGCGAAAUUCGUCUCAUGCGCUACUUUGAAGACCACCCGAACAUUGCGUCGCUCCAGAACCUGAGCACGUGCAUCGCCAAGGACGAGCUGUACAUCAUGAUGGGCCUCGUCGACACGGAUUUGCAUCGGCUGAUCCAGAGCAAGACCAAGCUCGAGGAGAAUCACAUUGCCGCCAUCAUGUACCAGCUCCUCUGUGGCGCCAAAGCCCUCCACGAAAACGGCGUCCUCCACCGGGACUUGAAGCCUGGCAACAUUCUCAUUAGCAAAAACUGUGAUGUCAAGAUCACCGACUUUGGCUUGUCUCGCUUCGUCCCCAACGGUCGGACGUGCAGCCACUCGGACGCGCCAGUCGCGAAAGACGCGCUCAUGACCGAGUACGUCGUGACGCGCUGGUACCGCCCGCCCGAGAUCAUGCUCGCGCCUAAUGGCUCGUACGCUGAAGCUGUCGACAUGUGGUCCAUCGGGUGCAUUUUCGGCGAGCUCUUGAACCGCAAGCCGCUGUUUCCGGGCUCCGACUUCAUCGACCAGCUCACGCGCGUCUUCUCCGUGCUUCCGAUCCCACCGAAAGAGAAGCGCGGCUACGAGGUCGAAGGUGACGCGCUCAAGUUCCUCGAGUCUCUUCCACGCGCGUCUCCGCAAGCGCUCACAAAGGCCUUCCGCAAGGCGAGUCCGGAAGCCAUUAGCCUCUUGCGCCGGCUGCUGUGCGUCAACCCCCAGCGCCGUAUCACAGCCGACCAAGCGUUGCAGCACCCGUAUUUCAAGACGGUGCGUCUCCAGUUUGGCGAGCCGUUGGAGUUCAAGGUCGCCGACACGUUCGACUUUGAUUUCGACCAAAAAGAGUUUAGCCUCGGGAAGCUUCGGGGCUUUAUCCAAAACGAAGUGCGCCUCUUCAGCAAGAAGGACGAGGUGGCCAAGGUGCCGGUCGAGAUCGAGCGGCCGCCGAGUCGUCGCGAGUCCAAGUCGAGCAAGGAGGUCGAGCAGAACGUCGACAGCUUGAGCGCGCCACGCGCCAAUGUCAAGGUCAACAACGAGUGCGCAUCGGCGACGCCGCCUAAAGACAGCGGCGUGCCCGAGACAAUCACGGCGUCGCCAGCGAAAGAGAGCUGGGUCCAGCACAGCGUCUCGUCGUAUAUGGAGAGCGCGCCGUCGACCAACUCGAACCCGCGCCGGGACAGCGACGUCUUCGACUCGGACGACGAGCGCAUGGAGGUGCUCGUUGAAGGCAUGGCCAAGAAGCCGAGUCUUGACAGCCAGGACGAACACAAGUGGAGCGAGAGCGAUGACAACGACGACGACGACGACGAAGCCAACGAGCUGCUGGAAGCGAUUCAGAACAUUCGGCAGCAGCAACGCCCGCCGUCCAACCAAGACCACAACAAGGACGAAAAGCCUCCGUUGCCACCGGGGUGGGAGGAGCGCUUCAACAAAAAGUACAACCGCGUGUAUUACGUCGACCACGCGACCAAGACGAGCACGUGGGACCAUCCGGGCAAGCCUGUGGUCCCGUCGGUGUCGUCGGCGCCGCCGUCAACCGUGCCACCGACGACCAAGCCUGGCCUGAUCAAGACCACGACGCGUCUGGCCAGCGAUUUGCUCAAGAAGGUUGUCUUGCCCAAGAACUGGGAGCGCCGGACCGACGCCAAGACGGGCCGGCUCUACUACGUCAAUCUGCUCAAAAAAGACGUUCGCGCGUCUCCCGUCGUCCGUGUCGGCGUCCAUGGUGCACAAGACGGCGAAAGACGUCAAGGACCCGGCCAAGAAGCGGCACGUGACAGUGCCCCAGAGCCCGCAGUUUUCGCAAAUGUCGUGGCAGCGCAAGCGCGAUGCGAUGCAUUGAGUCUCCUCUUCCCUUUCUUUUAUCUGUGUUCAACCUACACCUACAUGCCAAUACGAUGUCUCUUCUAACUUGUUCGAC